AUCCGCAGAACUCAGUAGCGAGAAAGCUUCAAAAGCUCUCGCAAGUUCUAAUUUACAAGCUCAAAAAAUUUCACUCCGGAACGUGACUAAUUCGACAUAUCAGAUUAAAAAGAAAAAAAUUGUAAAACGUAGUGAAAAUGUGCCAAUUGUUACAAUCUAGUUGUGCUGAAAGAGUGUUAAAUUUGUGAAUUUCGUCUACUGUUUCGGGUAAAAACCAAGAUGAAGCUCGGUAUGUGGGAGGUUGAUCGCGACGCGUUACGCAGAGACGGUCUAGUGCUUUUUAGUAAAUUGAUCCGCACAAAAAACGUUGACAAUUUACAAGAACAACAACCUCGAAGCGAUGACACCAAACAAAAAUUAGCAAAAUGUUUGACGACACUGGAUUUGACAUCGUUAGGUGUAGGAAGUUGCGUCGGUACAGGAAUGUAUUUAGUAGCUGGAAUGGUCGCCAAAAAUGUCGCUGGACCGGGAGUGGUAUUUAGUUUCAUAAUUGCAGCAGUUGCUAGCAUAUUUUCAGGGGCAUGUUACGCAGAAUUUGGAGUCCGAGUACCCCAUACAUCUGGUUCGGCUUAUAUGUAUUCUUACGUUACUGUAGGUGAAUUCAUAGCUUUCGUUAUAGGCUGGAAUAUGAUUCUGGAGUACCUUAUAGGUACGAGUGCUUGUGCGUGUGCUUUGAGUGCCUGUUUUGACGCCUUGGCUAAUGGAGCGAUCACCCAUGCUAUACACGAGAGUAUCGGAGAAGCGAUAGGGAGAGAUCCGGACUUUCUCGCCUUUGUAAUAACUCUCCUAAUGAUGUUGCUCCUAGCGGCAGGUGUCAAAAAAUCGUUAAUCUUUAAUAACAUCUUAAAUGUGAUCAACCUCGCAGUGUGGGUGUUUGUCAUGACGGCAGGACUUUUUUAUGUCAACACAGAUAACUGGACCAAACAUAAAGGAUUCCUUCCGAAAGGAUGGUCUGGGGUAUUUACUGGAGCUGCUACUUGUUUCUACGCUUUCAUUGGAUUCGAUAUAAUCGCAACUACUGGCGAAGAAGCGGCAACUCCAAAAAAAUCUAUACCUCUAGCUAUAGUUUCAAGUUUAGCAAUCAUUUUGAUAGCCUACGUUACUAGUUCCAUGAUGAUCACUUUGAUAGUCCCAUAUACUGAAGUUGAUGAAGAUUCUGCGUUAGUAGAAAUGUUUGGACAAGUUGGUGCCUACAAAUGCAAAUAUAUUGUUGCUGUUGGAGCACUUGCUGGUUUAACGGUCAGCAUGUUCGGAUCUAUGUUCCCAAUGCCAAGAAUCAUCUACGCCAUGGCCCAAGAUGGACUGAUAUUCAGAAUGUUUUCGCAAGUCUGGCCAAGUACUGGAACGCCAGUUCUUGCUACAUUUAUUAGUGGAUUAUUGGCAGCUAUAGCAGCCCUAUUUAUACGUCUGGAAAUACUUGUAGAGAUGAUGUCCAUCGGUACUCUGUUAGCCUAUACUUUAGUUUCAACUUGCGUUCUAAUUCUCCGAUAUCAACCACACUCCACCAAUCUAGUGGAGCUCCUUCCUCAAAGCUUGCGAACACCGAUUAGAGGGUCACCUACCAAAGAAGCAUUGGAUGAGCAUCCGGACGGUCAAGCGCUAUACGGUAACCAGUUACAUCCAGCUCAACUCAAGCAAGCUAUCGACGCUUCCAUUCCUACAAUUCCAUCACCGUCUCCUCUACCUCUACCUCCACAAGCUACACAACGAGUAAUGAUUCGAAGGGUAACCAGAAGUUCUCCAGAUAGUGACGAUACUUUUGGAGGUGAUGAACCAGAUGAAGAUUUUUCAGGACGGGACGAUCAGUUUCUUGUUUCAGAUAGAACCGAAAAUAAAUUUUACGGAACGGUACAUGGAGCCAGUAGUGCUACUAGUACUGGUGGAGUCGUUGGGGCGGCAGUUGGACCUAGUUUGGGAUACAUUGGACGAAGAAUCCAGGCAGCGACAUAUCUAUGCCCAGCCAUCUUCCCUUGGGUAGACACAGGCCCGGCAACAGAAGAAUCGGGAAUGUUUGUUAUGAAAAUGGUUGGAAACUUAUAUAUUUUGAUAAUAAUAUUUGAUCUAAUCGUUGUUUGUGGAAUGGAUAACAUGAACACCGCAACAUCGAUUUUCCUGUGGCUCUUCUUCUUCGCUAUUCUAGCAAUAUGUCUAAUGAUAUCUCGUAAACCUCAAAACAGGAAAAGUUUGAUGUUCAUGACUCCAGGCCUGCCUUUCAUUCCAGUUGUAGCAAUAACAGUGAACAUAUAUUUGAUAAUGAAGCUGUCCAUUUUAACCUUAGUUAGGUUCACGAUUUGGAUGACUUUAGGAUUUAUAAUGUAUUUUUACUAUGGUAUAAAAAACAGUACGUUAGAAGAAGGACCUGAUAGUGAUCAAAAUAUUGAAUUAACUGUCACUGAUCACGAAAAACCGAAAUAUAAUAAUAGUACGUCACCAUACGGUGAAGAUCAUAAUAUAUACAGUCAACCCCAGACUGCGUACGAAUGGGAUCCGACCAAAGCGUGGGAUCACGGUCCGGCUUGGGCUCAACCUCCACCUCCCGCCCAGCCACAACUUUACCAGGUCGAGCAGCAUUACAACGUGAACACCAACAAUACUAAAUCGGUAAUUAAUAAAUCGAAGCCUACCACUUCGAGACCGAGUCCCAAACCUAAUUCUCAACCAGCCACCGCUCAAGGAACAACCUCUCAAUCAAACACUCAAGCAAUUGGUGCUGCUUCGAAUUUGUUCGUUAGCGAUCCGCUGGCCUACGCUAAUUGGGAUGAUUAGUAGUGUAAUUAGAGCUUCAUUAAGUUAUAUUUAGAUCUAGAAAUUGAGUACAAAGAAAAAACUUGCUUGAAAAAUCUGCUAUUUUCUUAAUACAGUUGUACAAAUCCAUCGAAGUUUUCUGAAUUUCAUUUUAAACUACAGCAUAUCAUAAGAAGGGAGUAUAUAAGAAAUGACUGUUUGGAUUGAAAUAUAUGCAGAUAAUUGUGUAACAUACAAAGCAAUGCACAUAAUGGUGGUAUAAAACAUUUUAUUUUGAUAUAAUAUAUAUUUAUUUUCUAUCACUUUCAAUAUAUGCCCCUCAUCUAUCUCUACAUCGCCCCAUGCGAAUCUUCCAUUGUGCGAAACAGUGCAGGAAGUCUUUUUCUGUCAGUUCCUUCAGGACGCCCUUCGCAUUUUCUUUCACAUCUUCGACAGAUUCGAAUCUUGUUCAUUUCAAUGCAGAUUUGAAUCGUCACACUUAAGUUUGAAUUAUUUUCAAUCGCAUUCAAAGUGUUAUUACAAAUAUUUUUGCGAGUUUAUUGUUGUUUAAAUUUUAGGCUUUUAGACGGCAGCGAUCCGAACAUAAAUCAUCUUCAGCAUCUCGGCUAGCUAUCUUGAAACGACUAAGCCACUCAAAAACACGUUGAUGAGACAUACAUUCAUUGCUAUAUACUAGUUUUGAUAAAUUAUAAGUUUCAGUUGCAGUUUUUUCCAGUGUCAUGUGAAAUUUUCCAACAAUACGUUGCUCUAUUUUGACGUCGAUCAUUUUUACGGCAAAACAAAAAACCAGCCACUAUACAAACGAAGGCAACGGCUACACUGGUUUGUCUACACAUACGGUAGACACCGCAUUCGAAAGAGUGGGCUUCAGGCUAAACAGCUGAUAGUCGUUAACCCUUGGCGCAUGCGUGCUUUUUCUGUUGCAACGGUAGUCUCGUUACUUAAUAGCCACCCUUCAUACACUGAAUUAAGUGAAACUAGAUCGAAUAAUACUCAAACUAAAACAUUUACGAAAAUAUAUCGACGAAAAAAAGAGGAGCUAGUACGGUUGAAGUAUAUUGAGAGAAUUGGGGAACAAUAUGAUAAGUAUACGGGGUAAAAACGGGUGCUGUUAUAAAUCAUUAUUCCCAAGCUUCUCUCUUUUCUAUCAUAGAACCUUCUAAGAUCACUACAGUCUCUACUCUUUAUUUUGAAAUAUAUUUAAAUAAAGAAUAUUAAUUCAAUGGUCAUCUGAUCCAAAACUCACUAUAAUUCCAUCUAAAAAAGGACAUUUAGUUAAUUUUUUAAAUAUUCAUUUUUGGUGUUCAUUCGAAUCAGAAGAGCUUUUGUUUCGACCGUUAUAUCAUAUCAGAUCAAUACAGAUCAUACCUUUUAUUAAGAAAUAGAUUUAGUAGUCUGGAGGCUAGCUUGUCUCCAUGGAGCUCAUUGAGUACUAAUCCAAAACCCACUUUGAUUUCUUCCAGCAAAAGAACAUUUAACAUUUUUCAUACUUCCUUUUUGGUGUUGAACUUGGGACUCAGAAACUCUUCUUGGAAUUGGUAUGCUAAUUAAAAUUUCCUACCAGAUAAAUUUGAUUGAAUUAGAAGACAAAAAGGCUUUUGUUUCGAUAGUUAAGCCUUCUCAAAUCAUUCACAGAUCAAACCUAAUAUCUAGGAAUAUAUUUAUCAGUCUAAAACCUAGCUCAUUGAUUAUCAAUUCGAUGAUCAUCUAAUCCAAAACCCAUUCGGGAUUAAUCUGAUAAAAGGCCAUUCCACAAAUUUUCAAUUGUCCAAUUUUUAUGUGGAAGGUGCAGAGAAAUCAGGAACUGCUUUUUAACUAGCUUGCUCUUAAGUGUUCUUGAAUCUUCUUAUACGGUUUUCAUUGAGCACUGUGUGAACCACUCACUGCUACAUCUAUUUUGACCGCGAUAUAGUAUUGUUAUUUCAUAGAUAAGAUAAAGUUAGCAACGUAACAAUAUUUGACUAAUGAAUUGUACUUCAACCAAAUAGGUUCGAGUAUUUUGUUCUCCGUGGCUUAUCGAUUUUUUUUGAGUCAUCUAAGAGCUAAUUCGCACAGUUUGAACGUGUUUUUUGAAUCUGAUUGACUAGAAUUUUGCACGGACAACUGCAUUGACUAUUUUCGCGCACGAAUGCUCAGAUCAGUACGCACCCAAAGAACAAAAAAAUAAA